AAAAUCCUAAAAAAUUUAGCCAAAAACGCGUUCGGACAAACAGCAGAACAAAAAAGUCGUCGUCGUCGCUAGUUACAAGAUCUUUCUCUCUCGCCAUUCUCGCAGGUUUUUGUCCCGUUACUUGGAAUUUUCGCGAAGAACGCGUUUUGGAAGGCCGAUUAUUAGAUAAGAAUGAGCGAUCAUUUGGUGGUGUUCGUGGAUCGGAUGGUAAGGCCGGUGCCGGCGAAUCCGGUGCGGGCGGAGACGGAAAGUCCCAACGCCGCCGGGCCGUCGAGCUCGACCUCGCCGGAUAAGGCGAUCGACGAAGGAGGGGAAGAGGAGCCUCUGAUUCAAUCGGCGGAGUGCCGUAUUUGCCAGGAGGAGGACUCUGUCAAGAAUCUCGAGAGCCCCUGUGCCUGUAGUGGAAGCCUCAAGUUUGCCCACAGGGAAUGUGUUCAGCAUUGGUGCAAUGAGAAAGGAGACAUCAUCUGUGAGAUUUGCCAUCAGCCUUACCAGCCUGGUUAUACGGCUCCACCUCCUCGUCCUCAGCCUGAAGAAACCACCAUUGAUAUUGGAGGCUGGACGAUAUCGGGUACUCCUGUGGAUGUAAAUGAUCCACGUCUCUUGGCCAUCGCAGAAGCAGAACGGCGGUUUUGGGAAGCUGACUAUGACGAUUACGCUGCCUCAAAUGCGAGUGGAGCUGCGUUUUGUCGCUCGGCUGCUCUCAUUUUGAUGGCUCUUUUGCUGUUGCGGCAUGCUAUGACAGUUACAGAUGGUGGAGAUGAAGAAGAUGACCUAUCCACAUUUUUCUCUCUUUUCCUCCUCCGAGCUGCUGGGUUCCUGCUCCCGUGCUACAUCAUGGCAUGGGCUAUAAGUAUCCUGCAACGACGUAGACAGAGACAGGAAGCCACAGCAUUGGCUAGGCGAGUUGCAUAUGUGUUGCAAUCUGGACAGCGUAAUAGGGGCGUUCAUUUCACAAUAGCCACAGGUCCGGCUCCUGCCAUGUCCGAACAUCAGGAGACUGUUUGAUCUCUGUCUGUUUCCGGCAAAAAAAAAAAGCAUCUCUCCGACCACCAUUAUCAUUUAUCACCCUUUGUAGAGUGGACAGGUGGGGUCCAAGCCUGUGGAUGAGUAACUGUUAAUAAAGUUUACAUCUCCGUGUGUAAUGAAUGUGUCUCUACCUGAAAUUGUUUCAAAAAAGAAAAUGUUGAUCACAGAAUGUAGACUCCGUUUUUCCUAUUACAAACAUAACCCAUACUAAAAUUAAAUAACUUGAACUGUA